AUGGAUCUAGAAGCUGCGGCAGAUACACGAUUGUAUAGUAUGAUGCGAAUAGAGACUGACAAUGAUCAAAAGCCCGUGUCGAAAGCCGUGAAGAUGCGAGUAGCGAGCGCGCAAUGCAGAAAGAAGAGGCGGACGAGAUGCAAGAGAUGCAACGAGCGCGUGAAGUUGAUCAAGAUAGCCCGACGAAUGCGAAAGUACGCCUAA